AUGAAUCAUAGCGCCGUCGGCGGCGCGGCAGACGCUGCGGAGAGCUCUAACCCCCGCCGUUCGCCUUGCGAAAGUCGUUUUUCUUCGUUCACCGCGAGUUCGGUCGCAAGUCUCUCGAGUCCUCCGUCAUCGGCCGCGUCGAGGAGCCGUGAGCGCGCAGCAGCCGACCAGCGACGCGAAGGAGGCGUCGAGGGAGGGCGAUGGCUCAGUCGCGCUGAGAAGUCUGCGGCGCCCUCGCCCCUCAAUAGGCCCUCGGGUGCGUGCCUCCCAGUUCAGGCAGCGUGCCGCGAAGCAGCCUUUGCGGCUGCAGCGCGCGCGUCGCCUCCUCGCCAGCACGCCUCGGGUCAGGGUCGCACGCCUUCAGAGGGAUCGCCCAGACCGUCUGCGGGCGCGUCUUUCUCGGCACGGGCUCUGUCGGAGUCGUCCAGUCCCCCCGGUGAGUCUCGCCCGGAGGUGGCGUGGGUUGCAGCGGAAACAGGGACGCGCGCGCGGUCUCCAGACGAAGCUGCGCGCGAAAGAGGGUCCAGCGGCAGUUCAUCUUCUCCACCUGGCACCAUGGAAGAAGACGAGGACGGAGAGCCGUUUCUGUCUUCUCGCCGGCGGGAUCCAGUGUUCCCUGAGGCAGAGGAACCUUCUUCGCGUCUUGCCUACGACCGUGUCUCUUCGUCUCCGGGUGUGGCGGCGCCGUCGCCGCGCAGAGGAGGCGCAUGCGCCGAAUCGGUCUGCGCGUCCUCAGCCGCCUCGGGGUUCGCUGCUGCGGACGCCAGAGACUCGCCUGAGGCCGGCGCGGAGCGGCCUCCGCGCUCCCCAGUCUCGUUUGCCCCUGCUGGGUACCGAGUCUCUUCAGCGGACCCUCCGCCCGCUGACCCCUCUGCGGCUUCUCCGGAGUGCUCCGGCUCGCGACGCGGUUCGACUGGCGCAGCUCGAGCUGUUGCUGGACGCGACGAAGCCGCUGGCAAGCCAGGGCCUCUGCGCGAAGUCUCGCCGUCUGUUUGUUUCUCUGGGGGUGUGUGUUCGUCUUCUCCUAUCUUGCCUUCCGGCUCCUCGCCUGAGUCGCCCGUUUCUUGUUCGCCCUCCGCGCCGUCGUCUUCUCCUGCAGCUCCUGUCUCCUCGAAGUGGCCUUCUUUGUCUACCUCUUCUUCCUCCUUCCAGUCUGUCGCAGCCGCCUCGGGCGAGGGGGGGACUCUCGGUGCGCAGGGUAGGGCAGCCGCUCGGGCGCCUCGUCCCAGCCCAGAGGCCGCUCGCUCGGCGGGCGAGCCGCGCGAGGGGCUGGUGGGGUCCCCGCGGUUGAAACAGGGCCGCUCGCACACAAGCGCGGAAGGCGGGCGCCCGUCGACGGAGCCGGAGGCGGAUGGCGGCGCCGAGGUCCCGCGAGUAGAUCCCGAGGGAGUGGAAACAAGUGAUGAAAACGCCACCGGCUCCGAGUGUGUGGCAGGAUCCGAGUCUCCAGUUCGUCAGCGCCACCAGAGUGGGUCGGAUGCCGUGGCUGAUCGCGUGCCCGCGAACUCUUCACGAAGAGCGAUCGAGGGCGUGGAGGCCGCAGGCGAAGAGUUGAGGGUGCACGAGAAAGGGAACGACGAGGAAAAUUUGCAAAAGCCCGUCCACGUUCCGCGAGCGGAGGUGUUGCUCGCGCCUUGCCUGCUAUUCCUUCCCGGCACCUUCGCGUGCCCGUGCGGAGAAGCAGCGGGCCUCACGGGCGCCGGCUCGAACGUUGCCCAGCCUCCGCCGCCGUCGUCCCCCAGCGAGGCUCUCGCCGCGGGCGUGCCAGGGGCGGCGGAGGCCGGGGCGAGACAAACCGCGCCCGCAGAGGUGCCGCUUUUUGCCGGCGGGGUGAGUUCGUGCCCGCAACCCGCAGGGAGGAGAGAUGCCACUGAAGAGAGCGGAAACGGGGGAGAAGGACGCGCGGCGACUAUGUCUGAGUCCGCUGCGCCGAAUACGCCUCUCACACAAGCCGCAGAUAUUGUGACGGGCGAGUCCGAAGUCGCGCAGAAUACUGUAAGUGAAGCCGGAGCGAGAAGAGGCGGCGAACCUCGCGUUAAAACAGAGCGCAAUGCGCGCGUUUUUGAGGUGGGAGAAGGAACUGGCAGCGGCGUGGGAAUGGGAAAAGACAGAGAACAAGAGAAGAAAAGAAGCGGUGGCGGACGCGUGUCUAGAGACGAAGAGCCCCUCGCAACGGAUGCAUGUGAGAGAGCGGAGAGGCGGGUGCCCCCUCGGCAGGCGACGCCCUUUGGCGAGCAGGGCAAGGAUGAGGAUCUGCUUAGGACGGAUUGUGAGCCUCCCUCCGCCCCUUCGACAUCCCGCCUUGUGGAAUUAUCUUCCUCGUGUCCAUCCUUUGGAUUUUCUUCAUCGACUUCUCCGUUGCCGCCGCAGAGCAGCUUCAAAUCGCCCUCGAACGUGAGUCUCACGCCGUCGCGCUCGCGGCGUGUCGCGACUGUCUCCGCGGACCCCGGUGGCGAGCCCCGACAGAUCCCCGGCGGCGCCGAGGAGCAGGCGCGGCGGAGCAGCUCUCCGGAGAGCGAAGAAGGCCCUGACCGCCUCGUCUCGGCGCAUUUUUUCGGCGCGGAGGCCUUUGGGCGCGAGGCCGAGGGCGCCUGCGAGUGGCAGGAAGACGGCUCCUUCGUCUCUGCAGAGAAUCUGCCGUCCGCGUCCUCCGUGCUGCCUUCGCGGCGGGUGUCGGACGACGCCGAGGAGGGAGCAACCGCGCGCUGCUCGUCCUACGGGUCGGUGCCGUCGCCCUUCGACUCGCGGCAGGAAAGCCGAGACUCGGCGCCUCACAAGGCGGGAGGAGCGGCCGCGCGGCGCGCAGAGAGUCGGCUCGCGUCGCGCGGGCCGCCCCAGGCGCUGGCGGCUGCGCACUGCCUCGCCGCCGCGGUCGCCUCGCGGCGGGGUGCCGCGCAUGCAGGCCAAGCCUCGGAGAAUUUUCCCUCGGCGUCUUCUCAGGAGUUUUGGCCCGAGGGCGGCCACAGCUGCGCGUCUUCGGCGGCGACCUCGUCCUUCACGCAGAACGACGAACUCUUCACCCCUGCACACACCUCUUCGUUCCACACGCCGCGAGACCUCCUGACCCUCGACGCCUGCGACGUCCCGGGUAACGAAGGCGCGCUGCUCGCGCGGACCGAGGGCGAGCCCUGCGACGGCGCAGAGAAAGACCGCGAGGGCGCCCCGCAGGGAGGCAGGGCGAGAGCGGUCUGCCACGAGGCAGGCGGCAACGCACAGGCGGCAGUCGGUUCGCCCAGAAGAGAAGGAGCAGCCGACAGACGCGCUGACGGCGCGCGGAUGACUGUCGAGGGCCGGGCGGGUGGCGCGCGUGCGACGGGUGCCAACGCGGCCGCAGCGGCGAAGCCUGACGACGCACCAGCGGCCGGUGGGCAGCAAAAGGGCACGGCGGAGGAGACGCCGGAUGAGGAGGCAUCGAGGGAUGAACCCGUCCAGGCACGCAGCUACUCUGCGCCGGUCGAGGGAGCGCAGCGUCGGGCUCAGAAGCCGGAGGAAGACGCGCGCACCGCGCCAUAUUUCGCGGACCAGAUCUCAGUGGAAAAGAGACCUCAGGGUUGGAGAGAGAGAGACGAGCAGAUGAACCAAGCGGCUCAAGACGAAGCGGCGGAGGCGGCGCUGCGCGGCGAGGGGGAGGCGGAUGAGGGAAGACCGACGCGGUCGUUAGGCGAGGGACGCAGGACGCCGCACACGAUGGAGCGGAGCGCAGGUGGAGGCGAGAGGCAGGUUCGCGGAGAAGAAGGGAGCUCUUGUUCUCUGGGCGAAAAACGGGCGCGGAGUCCCCUGCCUCCGGGGAGCGGCAGCGGGACGCCAGUGACGGGGACGGGAAGGAGGCGAGGCCAGUCUGCUUCGCCGCAGACCCACGAGCCCAAUGGAGAAGCGGGACCCUCGCAGGCGGCUGCCGUCUCCGGCGGGGGGUCGCCCGUCUCCGCGCAGGGCGCCACGGCUUUCGAGAACGGCGUGGAGGCCGGCGUGGGCGGAGCGUACGAGCCGGCGCGGCCGCGGAGCUUGGGGACGAUGACGGGCGAGGAGUGCGCAUCUCCGCGGUCGUGUUUCUCCGGGGAGGACAGGGCGGAAGGGAGCUUGCGGGCGGCAGGCGGCAAGAAGAAAGCCAGAGAGCGGCGGCGUCGCAACCAGGAGGCGAAGACGCUGGCCGCAGCCGACGCCCGUCAGGCACACUGUCAAUCGCCCGGCAGUCCAGUAUCUCAUACUACGGAAAGCGCCGAGCAGGAUUCCUCUCCGCGGUGCCUAGAAGUCCCCAAGGAGGGUGGGCGUCUGGCGCAUGCGCAGAGUCCGCGCGGACCGCGGGGGGAGCCCGGCGUGGCGCCGCAGGCGGGGCCUUCUCCAGCUCUUUCGCUGGCGUCUCGGAGAGUCUCUGCAAAGUCUCCUCGUUCUUCUUACACAGGUCAUGUUUCUUCUGCUCCGGCUUCUGCCGAGUCGCCGACGCCCUCGGCUCCGGCUCGGCCUCGCCACGUGUCGGCGCCCGAUGAGAGUCUGCAGAAGGCCUCGUUGGGCGGGGCGAGCCCGCAGCUGUUGCUACAGCCUCCAGCGGGCCUGUCUCAAGCCGUUAGCUCACUGCAUCCAUCUCUGUCUCCGUAUCAUCGCACGUCUCUGCAACACCAACUUCUUUCUCCCGGCGCGGCGGCGGCUUCGCCUCAUGGGCACCUCGCGGCAGUCUCUUCUCCGCUCCAGGUUGGGCACACAGUUCUCCCGUUCUUUCCGCUGUCUCCGGUUGCGCAGUCCGCGCCUCCGAGCUCGUCUAGGUAUCCCGGCGAAGGCCUGUCGGGCGCGACAAGCCCCAUGGCGCCGGCGGCGGUGUCUGCGUCGCUCUCCGCGUUCUCUCCGGUCCACGCGACGGGCACGGGAGGCUCGGCUUUCCCGGCUGCGGCAGUGUCGCCUACUGCCCAAAGCUGUGCCACGUCCAAGAGCGCAGGAUUGCCCACAGAGAGAGGCCAGAAGGGAGGUCAAGGCGACAGUGCGGCGCGCGCGGCGGCCGCAGCGAACGCCGCCCCCAGCGGGCGGGCGUCAGGUGUGGACGCGUCCUCCUCCUCCUCUGCAUCCUCUGGAAGCACGCGAGACGUGCGCCCCGCAGAGCUGCUCCACGAGGGUGUCUCGCCGUCGGCGGUUCACCAGUCUCUACAGGAGCUUUCGCAGCAGCUCCGUCACCAGCACCAGCUGCAGCACCUGCAGCAGCAGCUCCUCCUCGCGGCGCAGGGCUCCGCGGGGCUCGCUGUCGGCGCCCACAACCUCCCGACGCCUCUGGGCGCGGGGGCGGGGCGAACGUGCACGCCCGCGGUCGCCGCUGCGCCGGCGCCAGUCCCUCUCGGAGGUGCGGGCGCAGACCGAGUGCCUCCUGCGCGAAAUGCCGAAAGGGGCGGCGAGGAGGGCGAGCCGGCGAGAGGCGGCAGCAGGUCCGCGGGCUCGAUCGACGGAGUGGGCCCUGCUCGCGCGGGGGGACGCGCAGACUCCUGGGGCCAGGUGGCGGGCUCGCCAGUGGGAAUGCCGCCUUCUGGCCGCACACAUGUUCCGCCGUCAUCAGCGGCUGUCGCAGGCGCGGCGCUGGCUGUGGGGGGCGGAGCUGUGCCUGUCUCCGCGGGGGCGCGCGGCGCCCACGCGCCUCCUUCUCCGGCAGUGUCUUUGCCUUCACUUCCGCCGCUGUCUCUUCCGAUGCUGGCGUCGGUGGCGGGGCGCUCCUCCCACGGACUCCCGCCCACCGUCUUUCUUCCGCAGAACUUCGCUGGCGGGCCUCUGGCGGCGCCGGGCGCGGUGUCCGCGGCAGCGUACGCGGGCUUCCCGGGGCUCCAAGCAGGGGGCUAUUCGCGGCCGGCGGCUGGUGUGGGGUAUUCGGUGUCUCCGCCGUUUGCGGGGGCGCAUCCGAAGUCGACGUUCUCCUCGCCGCCUCACCAAGUCUGCCGCAUUCUGCUCCUGUCUGAGCAGCUUCUGCAGCAGCUUUUGCACCACGUGACGCCGUCCGCGUCUGCGCGUGACGAGAAGCGGCUGCUGUACAAUUCCCUCGUCCACUUUGUCCACAACAUCUUGGGCAGCGAAGUCAGUCUGUACUUGGCCGGGAGCACGGCGUACGACGUCGACGCUGCGGGGAGCGACUUGGACGUCGUGCUGCUUGAUCGAUCCUCGCCCUCGACUGACGCCCGCGGCAUUCUGCAGCACCUGCGCGCGAUGAUCGAGGCGGUGCAGCAGCAGCUGCUCCACUCGGGCGAGUCCGCGCUGGGGAGCGACUGGCCUCUGAGGUCGGUCCAGCUGCAGCUCGUCGACUCAGCUCGUGUCCCCAUCCUCACUCUGCGGACGCCAGACGCCUCCGUCGUCUGCGACAUCAGCGUCAACACGAGCAACAGCAUCUGGCAUUCGGAGUUCUUCAGCUUCGUCCUGCAGCAGCGCCCGCAGCUCCGCCCGCUCAUGCGCCUCCUUAAGGUCUGGGUGCGGAACCGAAAGCUCCCGACCAUGAAGGAGGGCGGGCUGCCCAGCAUCGUCUGGAUGAUGCUUGCUGUGCACCUCUGUCAGGGUGGCCAGCAGCGACUCCUCGGGGCGAAUGGUGCUCUCGGCGCCAGCAGUGGAGGGAGUCGAACCCCCAACGCUGCCGCAGCGAGACGCGCAGGCGAAAACGUGAACGCGCCCAGCCAAGGCGCGGCCGGCGCAGCCGCCCCUGCGCCUGGCGACGGCAGGGGCGAGUCCGCUGAAGCCGAAGCUGCAGCGGCGGACGCAGCGAUGAGGCGCAGGCAGGACGAAGCGCGGGCGGGUCCCGGUGCCUCGAGUGUGCCCUCUCGGCGGGCGCCUUCAAAUUGCGCGUCUUCCCCCGGAGGAGGAAGAGGAGGGGGCACCGAAGACAGCCGUCAGAUGCCUGCCGCGCCUUUGCUGAGUCAGUUGGGCCUCCAGGUGGGGAGCGGCUUAUCCGCAGCGCGUCUCAUCAGCCCGCUUGGGUUCCUCGCCCCGAUGGUUGGACUCCCAGCACCGAUUCUCCCGUCGUUCUUCCCGCUUCUCCUCUCGCUGUUCCAGUUUUUCGCACACCUGCGAAACCGGUCCUGUCUCUCGCAGUCGAUCUUCAUCUCGUGCUCGCCGGCUGCGGCUUCCGCCGCGGCGGCGGCCGCCUCGGCCUUCGGGCGGCCCCUCUUGGCGCCGCCGGCCGCCGUGGCGUCGCCGGCGCCCGUCGCGUCCGGUCAGGCGCAAAAGGCCUCCCACGCGGGCGCAGGAGGCGCGGGCGACGACCGCUGGCCUGCCGACCCCGCACUUCGCCACGUGGCCUCGGUGCCGGGUCUCGUCUCCCACGAGUCUCAGUACGCGUCCCUCUCGCACGGCGGCGCCUCUCAAUUCACAAACUCCGCGUCGCAGCGCGACGCGACGGCAGCAACGGCGGGCGGUCUGGGUCGCCAGCGGGCCUCCUCGGGCGGGGCUGGGGUGGGGACUGGCGGGUCUUCGCUGGCGGGGGCUUCGGAGUCAGCCCCGCUGCUGGUUUCUUCGACUCCCAAGCCGAAGCGGGAAGCUGCUUCGAGGAUCAUCUCCAGCAUCUGCCACGGAGGCGUGUGGGAUGAUUUGCUCUCCGUGUUCGAUUACCCAAAGACCAACGCAGCGUACCUCCACACUCUGGGCGGCGGCGGCAGUCUGGGCUCUCUCGCAGGCGUCCCGGCGGCCGCAGCUCCAGGGGCCGCCAGCGCGGGCGCAGUCGGGGUCGGAGCUGCCGCGGGCCCCGGCGGCGAGAGCGAGCCGGCCGUCGACCUCGCGGCGAAGGUGUCUAGCGCGACUUGGCUGGUGUAUCUCUACGAGCUAGGGCGAGCGGCGCAUCUCUUGGAUUCCUUCCUCAAAGCGGUCAAUCGCUUCCAUCUCCUCCUCCAGGUUCUCCACAGCCAGGCCGCCAACCAGCAUCUGCAGCACCAGCUGCUUCAUCUGCGAGCUCUCCAGCAGCAGCAGUUUCAGCAGUCCGUCGUCAAGGGUGUGUCGGCGUCGCCGUCUUGCGCGUCGCUUGCGUCCCUCCCAUCGGUUUCGCCCUCGGCCUCGUCGUCCUCCGCGUGUUCGGCCAUCUGCUCCGCCGCCUCGUGCGACGGGGGCGACAGUGAGAAGGCGGAGACGCGGAAGGAGGAAGCGCCGCUGCGAGAGGCGGCGCGGACUGCGAACGACGUGUCCGCGCCUGUGCGCCGUCUGGGCACCGACGGUGAAAGUGAGUCCGGCGCGGAGGAGGCAAGGCGGCUGAAGCGCGCGAGUGUCGCCGCGAGUGAAGACGGCGAGAAGUUGGCCUCGGUUGCAGGGGUUGCUGCAGCGACGCCGAGACCUCAUUCUGCGCUCUCUACAGGGGCUGUCGCUGGCUGCGCUGCGACGCCCGGGGCGCUGACGACGUACCCGUUCACUCACGAGCUUCAGCUUUUCCGGCGGGAUCUUUUGAUGGGCGUCGCGGCGAUUUUCGAUGAAAUCUCCGACGACCGUUACCUGCUGCCAGCGACGUACGAGGAGCAGGCCCCAGGCGUGGAGACGGAAGAAUCUGACGAAGACGAGGAUCUCUUCUCCUCGGUGUUUUCCGAACAGAGCGAAGGCGAAGAAAACGGCGCGAAGAAAAACGACGGUGGCAACCGAUCUGCCGCCGCUGCACCUCCCGGAGGAGGAAGAGGUCUUCAGGCGCAGGGGACUGUGGGGCAGCCUCUGGGCUGCUCGACGCCUUCCCUGUACGCAUCGGGGUCGCCCGCGGCGCUCUUCCUCUCCCGCUUUCUUGCGGCGCCCGACCAGGGCCUGUCGGCGCUCGCGGAUGCGGUGCGUGUCACCGUGAUGAGGCCUGCGACGCUGACGUCCAAAGUCUGGCUCCUCGCGGUGCUUGAGGGCAGACUGUGUGUGAUUGAGAGCAACAAGACGUGUCAAGAAGGCGGCUGGUGGAGCACGCAGUUCCUCAGUCGCAGGGAUGUCCGCAGCACGCUCCACGGCCGCCUGUACCUCCUCGUGGGCCUCCAGCCCCUGCAGCGAUUCCUGCUGCGCGCGCGACACAGGAGACAGCUGCUCGAGGAGGAAAAGCGGAAGAAGACGGCGCUGCAGGCCUCUGGAACGGUGACGGGCGGCGAGGAGACGGAGCUGGAAGCGGAAACGCAGGGACCCGAAGGCGACGCGCGAGACGCGGACGCCAAGGCGCAGGGCGCGGGCGAGCAAGCGGUGAGGGGCGGCGUCGCCGGCAUCUCGGAUUCGGUGGAGGAAGAUCUGGCUUCGUUGGACGCGCUCUUCCCGCUGUCUGUCUCCAAGGAGAGACGCAGCUCGAAUGUGGCGGCGGCCUCGAACGAGCCCGCAGCGGGCGCCGACCCGCUGGAGCCUCAGGAGGACGAAGAGGAAGAAGCAAGUUCGUUUUUCUCCGCGGAGGGGCAUUACCCCACGCUCCUCGUGCCGGUCAAUCCCGAGAGUGUCGCCCCCCCCGUUCUCUUUUCUCCGUGCAACUUCGUCACCCGGUUGACUGUCCUCCAGUGCACCGUCCCUUCCUCGCUGGCGCGCCCCCUCCUGUCGCUGUUUCCGAGCCUGGGCGCUUCCGGGGCCCCCGGCUCGACGGGUAAGAGUGCAGCGGGGCGCUUCAUUUGCAUGCUGCCUUCUUGGGAAAUGGCACGCGUCUCGACUCUGCACCGCAUCGCCGCCUCGUCGCCCUGGUUCCACUCGACAGCCGCGAAGCAUCGAAACCUCCUCCACGUUGGCAUGCGCGCGCCGCUUCAGCCCACAGUCGCGCGCUGCCGCCACUGCCUCGUGUCGGGCGUCGCCACAGCGAGCGGUCUCGUCGACCAGACGGAGAAGGACGUGCGGCACACGCUGCUGACCUCGCUGUCGUCCUCCGUCGUGUUUGACGUAGACGCUGCGGCACGAGACGCCCAGUCGUCGAAGGCAGCCGCAGAGGGCGUCGCGGCAUCGCGUUCCCCCCUCGCGACCGCGCUGCCGCGCUCGGGGAGCCGCAGCAGAGAGACCGAGCGAGACGAGAAAAGAACGCUGGCGGCGCUGGCGGCUCUCGCGGUCGCCGCCGAGAGGUCGGAGACCGCUGGCAGGAGCAGCGGGCCGAAGGGACGCAAAGGCGCCGCGCCGUCCGACGGCGGGGCCCAGGAGGUCUCGCGCACCAGCGAAGGCGUUGAGCGACGCGAGGACGAUCGAUAUAGCGGCGAGCAAGUUCAGCGGGCGUCCGGAGGAGCGCUGCCAACGCCCCCUGCGGCUUCGCGUGGGGGGACGGCUGGCGGUGACGCCGCGGGACGAGGAGGCCCCUCCGUUCCUGCGCUGGCUGCGGUUGUCCCUUCAGAGGGGAUGCCCGCUGGGGGCCUGUGGGGCGUGGGCCUGUCUCCGGCGCUAGCCCCCCACUUGGUGGCUGUGCCCCCUCCGUCGCCUGUGGCGUACGAGGCGGUGUCCGCGGAUCUGUCGCGCGUGCCCAGCUCCAGCGCGCUCGCGGCGUUCCCCGGGUCGAGCUCCCCGUCUGUGCAGGCACUCGGAGGAAAGGGCGGCGCGCAGCCGCUGGUGACCACGCCCUCGCAUGCGUCUCCGCUGCCUCGCCUGCCUGCCAAGCACCUCCACCCGAAUGUCGCCCUGUCGUCGCCGCUUGGCGGGCCGCACCAGUUGCUCGUCACGCCGCAGUCCCCAGUCGGCGCGACUGAGCACAGUCCCGCGUCGGUGGGGUCGACCAGCAGCCACGGGUCGGCGGGCGCCAGCGGGUCUUGCGCCUCGGGCGCAGGGCCCGCGAGCGUCCUCGCCGCGGCGCCGCCCCAGCUCCUUACGUCUCAGGCGGCAGCGCUGGCGCCGCCGUCUCCGUCGGCCGCGACCCCCGCGGCGCCGCCGGCCCACCCCGUGGUCCUGCUCAUGCCCGUGACCCCCCAGCAGCUCCUCGUUCAGCACCAGCAGCAGCUGCUACAGCAGCAAAUGCUACAGCAGCACUACAUGCAGCAGCAACUGGCGCACGUCGCGGCGGUCGCGGCGCUCAGUGGAGCUGCAAACGGCCCCGGCAGGCCCUUGGCUGCGGCGGCGCUCAGUCAGCCAGUCGUGAGGCCUCCGCAGCCAAUGGCGGCCGUCGCAGCAGGCGGUGCGGCGAACCUCAUGGGCACACAGGGCAGGGGAGCAGCUGGAUGUACCCCCUGCGGGGCCCGGCCCGCAGGGGCAGCAGGCACCGCGCCCGCCGGUCCGCUGGCCUUCGGAGGGGCCGAGGGGGCGGGCGCGGCGGUGGCUGGCGGGGGCGGCGGGUUCCAGGCCAACCCUGAGACGGGCGAGAAGGCGCAUCAGUCUGGCUUCAUGUAUGGCGGAGGCCCCGCAGGCGCAAACGCCCAGCGUGUCGGCCGAAACGGAGUGACUGGGAUGGACUCGAGACGCGGUUCGCAGCAGGCCUUUCUGCAACAAGAAUCGCAGCCGAGCGGAGGCGCCGGCUUUCAGGUCCCGCCCUCCGCCGGAACGCCCGCAACUCCGCGAGCGGCCCAAGGCGUCGUCAAACUCGCCUCGACCGCCGGGGGGGUGGCAACGCGUGAAAGCAGCUCAGCAGUCUUGAACGUGCCUGGGAGCCCCGCGACCUCCGGGGGGCCCGGAAAAGCGUCAAGCCCCGGGCGAGCCAGCAGUUCUCAUCCUGGCGCCGCGAGAGAGGCGGGAGGCGACGGCAGCGCCCCCGCGUCGUCGGCGCCCGGGUGGGCUGCUGGCGCGUCCGGAGAGCGAGGUGGGCACUUGCCAGGUCGCGGAGCGUCUGGCCUUCUGCGCCCGCAGCAGCAGGACGCGCCUUUCGCGCGCCACGCGGCGCAGCCGCAGCGAGCCGCGCAGGCUCUGGGGCACGCAGGCGCCGAGCGGGCGUCCUCGCCCAAGAGAGAGGAGCGGGACGGUCUCCAUCUGUCGCAUGUGCGCAGAGACGGCAGCGCGCAGCCCAGUGUCUCUUCGCACUCGUCAGCUUCGUCUCUCGUUGAUGAGGACGCGGCGUCUGUUGGAAGCUACUACCGCGGCAGCCACAGAGGUGAGGACGGGCGUGGCGUGUCGGCGGCGAGCGCGGCUCAGCGACGCAGUGCGAGCGACGUGGCGUGGACCACCGGGGGCCCCGCAGGGGCCUCCGAGGCCCGCGGCCCGCGAGGUGGAGCGACGGAGGGAGGCGAAGGCUACGACGAGCUCACCCGAGGCGACAGCCGCCAGCGGGCGGCGUAUCUCCCGCAGGAGCAGCAGGGCAGCGGUGGAGUCGGAGUGGAGGGGGGGGCUGACGAAGGCAGCUCCGCAUAUGGAAGCAGAGCAGCUAGAGCUGAGAGAACGGCCAGCGGCAGCAGGGAACUGUCGCCGUCGGCGACGCCCCCCGUGGGCUCAGGACUGGGUGGGGUGGGGACUUCGCGGUUGUCGUCUUCAUCUCCUCUGAGGUCGUCGUUCGCCUCUCCUCUGUCGAAUGAGUCAUCGGCGCCUUCGCAUCGCCCUUUCCCGCUGACUGGCAGUGACAGGCCUCGCGGGGCGCUGUCUUCGUCUGUCGCAGCUGCGGCUCUGGCCGCACGGUCUUUGGCGAGUGUCUCAGCCUCUCCGGUGCUUCCUUCCUACUCGCGCUCGUUGCUCUCGACUACGUGUGUCCCCUCUCCUUCUUCUAUCGCUGUGCCUUCGUCUGCGCAUCUCGCCGCGGGAGUCGCCGUCUCGCCGUCGCUCUUGUCGCCCUCUUGUGAUUCCCCCCGUCGAGCGCCCCUCCACGCGUCGGCGGAAGCGCCUGAAGAGUUUGCGAGGGAGCGACGGGCCGCGGAGGAGAGAAUCGGGAGGAAGUCCCAGUUUUCUUCGGCGUACCCGGAGGGCGCCGCGCCCGGCCGUCGCCGGUUGGGAAGUGCGUAUGACGCGGAUCAGCCGAGCCCCGAGUGCAUGCGCGGGGGCGAACUCCAGCCUCGGGAGAGUCGCGUGGAGGCAGGGGCCUCCGCGGGGUCCGUGGAGGCCAGGGGACCUCCGCGCGCGGAGACGCGAAGCAGUGUGUCUAGCAGCAAGAGUACAGAGAGUUUCUUAGUCGACAGGAGGACGAAUUUCUCAGAUCCCUCGCCGUCCGUGUACGGCGAAGCAGCCGACCGGUCCGCGCGUCGCGCCAGCGGAGAGAGCGUCUCGAGUGGAGGCGAGACGGCGUCUCUGCACACUGCAGCCCUCGGCUCCCGCAGCCCCGCUCUCGACGGCGCACGGCGGGCUCGAGGGGCUGGGCGAGGCGCCGGGCCAGAGAGGGAGGACGCAGGCGGCGCAGCUGCAGGCGAGGCCGUGGACAGGGAGCACUGGAAGCUCAGGACGUCUUCGUCUACGAAUAUACGGGGUGUCCUAGGACAGCACGGUCGCGCCGAAGACGACGUGGCGGGCAGCCUCUCGGAUGAGAGCAGCAGAGAAGGUCGCUCGGUAGCGGGUGGACUGAGCGUUCGAUCUUGCGGCGGCGGAAGAGUUGAUGCUGCAACGCGGACAAGCACACUCAGGUUGUUCCGCGCUCAGUCUCCAUCGACGACCCGGUCUGUGGGGUCAUCCUUGCCGGCCCCGGCAAAUCACGAGGACGCGCCGCAGCCGACCGCGGGCAGCUCGCCUCCACAUCCGGGCGCAUGCGCGUCGGGCGAGAAUGCGGCGGCACAGGGCGCGGGCGGAGCUCACGGAGAGGCCCGAUACGCCGUGGAGAGGAGGACGCGAAAAGAAGCGACCUUCCCGGGCGCGCGCCCCCGACGGUAUUCACAAGGAUCACCAAGAGACGUGGCCGCAGGCGCAGUCUGUCUGUCCCCCGUGGGUCAGUUCGAGGAGCGCGAAGUCUCGUCAGCUCCCGCCGCGUCCGCGCGCCUGGAGCCGUCGUCUGCGUCGCUGCAGUUGAAUGAGUGCGGAGACGCAGACGAGACCUCGAAGUCCGCGCCCCAGCUGCCUUCUCCGCCUUCUUUCAAAGACACGCCGACGGCUUCGACGCCGUCGGAGGUAGGCGCGCCACACGGCAACGACGUCGCGGCCUCGAACUCGUCUCGGCGGGUCGCGCGCGAGCGCAUCCCUUUGAAGCAUCGAGCGGAGAAGCUCCUGUACGUCCCUGGAGCGCUGCGGCGGCAGAAGAUGCUGGGACAGCAGGGAGCGGAGGGAGGUCAGAGCUGUGCGCCGGCUGCGAACAGCGUCUCCUCGACCUCCUCGCUCGCAGGUCACUCCUCGGACUCGCUCGGGACGUGCGGGGGCGACCGCGGCGGAGGCGAGCGGAUGCCGCCUCUCUCGCCCUGUUCGUCGCUCAACUCGUGUGCCUCGGGAGGAGGUUAUCCGAGCGGAGAGAGAGACCGCGCGGGCGCGAGCCUCUCCGGCGCGACCGGCUCCGCCGCAGGCUUCACGCCCCACGCCAGCACGUCUCCGUACGCCAGCGCGCGCGGCGAGAGUCGGAGGAUGAGCUCGAGCGCAACGCCGGGAGGCGCCUCCUCCCCGCGGACGGCAGGCAGCGAGGGCCGAAGCAGUGCCUCGUCUCCCUCGGGGUUGGGCCUCGCACCCUCGUCGUCCAGCUGCCCUGUGAGUCGGCACGAGGUGCAAGGCGCCCGCGGCGGGUCUCCAGGCGUGACGGGCGUCUUUGGCGGCUACCGCGUGCGGCGCAGCGCCAGUGGCUGCGGCAGCCGCGCGAGCAGUCAGGAGAGCAGCCUCGGGCGAGGCGGCGCGAGUUCGGUCGUCUCCGCGUCGACGCCGGCGACUGGGCGCUGGACGAGUGCCCGUCGCGACCCGUCGUCGCGCGAGCGGCUCUUUGCAGGCCGUGGCGAGCGCCAGGGUACAGGCGAGUACGACGAGGGGCGGCGGGCGCACGGGGGGGGGGAGACCGCCCGGGCGGGCGCAGGGCCCUGGAGCCUUCCCAGGGUCUCUUUGCGCACGACAACGGCGCGAGUUUCCUCUUUGCGUCCGCGGCGAGCGCCUCGACGCAGCAGAGGUACGUUCCCCAUCAUCCGCGCACAGAAAGCGGCAGCAGCGCGGGCAGCUCUCCAGCGGGCAGUCUGGCGUCGCCGUCGGUCCACAGAAUUCGCGGCGGCGCCGCAGCAGAGGACUUCCGGUGUGCUAACCACCGAGACGGCGGAGGCGCGGGAGGCGGCCCGAGCGCGGGCGCGCUGUCUCUAG